AUGACAAGUUGGGAAGAAUGGAUGGGUGACACAUAUUAUGAGAGAGAUGAUAUUCAUCCAAUGGAGACAAAUGAAGUAGAUGAAAAUAAUAGCUUCAAUGAAAGUAACUAUUUUUUCGACGACACAUCGCAAUUCGAAACGGAUAUUCAUUCGAUGGACACAAAUGAAGCAGAUGAAAAUAAAAGUGUUCAAUUCUCGUCAAGAAUUGAUGGAUUUGGUGCAAAAUAUGGUAAAUACUUUAGUCGUGCAAAUGUUUUGACAAAUAAGUUAGAAGAUUUAUUCUUUGCUCAUCCAAGAUCAUUAGAAAUAUGGCGUGCAUUUCCACAUGUCUUGUUAAUGGAUGCAACAUAUAAGACAAACAAGUACGGGAUGCCUCUAUUGGAGAUUGUUGGUGUAACUCCAACAAAUAUGACAUUUUCCAUUGCAUUUGUGUACAUGCAUGAAGAAAAACAUUCCAACUAUGUUUGGGCUUUAGACUGUCUAAAAUCGGUAAUGGAAGGAUGUAUGUUGCCAAGUGUUAUUGUGACUGAUAGACAACUGGCUCUUAUGAACGCAUACAGUAUUAUAUUUCCAGAUGCUAAAGGAUUACUUUGCAGAUGGCAUAUAAAUAACAAUAUCACGAAGAAAUGCAAAUCAUGUUGGGAUGUUCUUUAUAUGUCAUGGACGAGGUUGGUUAACUCUGAAACAAAGGAAGCAUAUAACAAGAAUUUGGUACUAGUUGAAAAAAUUACAAGAUGCAUUUUCUUAUCUAAACAAAACAUGGUUGACACCAUACAAAGAAAAGUUUGUGUCUGUAUAAAAGCGAGUCUUGCGCAUAACAAAAUUUUGAUUGUACAUCGGUACUACGAAAUACCAUAUCUAAAACCAUUGUGUCGUUUCGUUUCAAUUUAUGCACUUGAUAUCAUUUUCAAAGAAUAUGAGCGGUCCAGAGAAUUUGGAUUUGUUUAUGAAAACCGUGGAUGUCAAGUACGUACAAGUUAUGGGCUGCCAUGUGCGCAUGAACAAGCUAUAUUUGUUAAAAAAGGUCAUUAUGUACCGCUUCAUUCAAUCGAUAAGUUUUGGAAGAAACUUGAUUUAUUAGAAUGCAAAUCGUUAGAAGAUGACAAUUUGGGUUGUACAGUUGAGGUAAAUAUGUUUAAUGCUCAUUACGAAAAACAAUCAAGACCUGUUAAGUUAAGUUUAGCAAGGAAGUUAUUAAACUUAAUCACGCCGUCAACAACUUCAGUUUUUGAACUUGCUACUCACGAAAAUACUCGUGGGCGCCCCUCCUUAAAGAAGAAACUUUUCAAGAAAACCCAUAUUGAUUUAAACCAGGACCCACCAACUCAAGAUCCACCACCUCAAGAUCAACCGACUCAAGCGUCACCAACUCAGUAUCCGUCUCGACGUAGCAUUUCUACUUAUACGCCUGAUUAUCUGCGGUCUAAUUUGUUUGAUCUAAACCAGGAACCGGAUAGGCACACAAAAGAUCGUUGGUUGAUUAUGCCGGUCACUAGCUUUCUCAUUGCUAAAAAGUAUAGGGUAAUAGCUAUUUUUCUAAGCAAAGAUAGUCCAUCAACAUGUUUUCCACUAUGGCUUGGUCCCCAAGAUAUCUCCACUAAUAGAGUUGUUGUUAUUGCUCUUGUUAGAGGUGAUCAUAAUGUGAAGGUUGAUUUACAUGAAGCAUAUCUAAUGCCUAUUAUUUUGCCACUUUGGCGUCACAACAGAUCAUCACGGUCUGCUGGAUGGGAAACUGUUUAUGUUGUUCGCCUGAAUUCCUACAUUUCUCCAUUUGCAACACACAGUAAUUAUAACAAUUCUACAGUUAUAAUAUCUGAUAAUUAA